AUGGAAGUUUAUGUGGAUGACAUGAUCGUCAAAAGCAUCCGAGCCGAAGACCACCCAGCAGACGUGAAGAUAGUCCUAGAGACGCUAAAGAAAUACCAGCUAAAACUCAAUCCGGAAAAGUGCGUAUUCGGAGUACCGGCAGGCAAGUUCUUGGGAUACAUGGUCUCUCAGCGGGGUAUUGAGGCUAACCCAGAUAAAAUCGAAGCGGUCUUAAAAAUGACGCCGCCACGGAGCAUACAUGAAGUCCAGAAGCUCAACGGCCGGAUCACGGCUCUAGGUCGGUUCAUGUCCUGCUCGGCAAAACGAUGUCUACCUUUCUUCAAAACCCUGAAACAGAUCAAGAACUUCACAUGGACAGCAGAAUGCCAGCAGGCGUUUGAGGAAUUGAAAAGCUUCCUAUCCUCGCCCCCACUUUUGGCGAGACCAGAUCCGGGCGACGUGUUAUAUUUAUACAUCUCUUGCUCUGACGAAACAAUAGCAGGAGUAUUGGUAUCGGAAAAAGGAGGAGAACAAUACCCGAUCUACUACAUUAGCAAAGUGCUCAGAGAUGCGGAGCUAAGAUACCCGAAAUUGGAAAAGCUGGCGCUAUGCGUAUACACCGCCACCAUCAAGCUCCGACAUUACUUCGAAGGACACCAAGUCAUUGUACGGACCGACCAACCAUUACGAAAAAUCCUCCAGAAGGCGGAGACAAGUGGACGCAUAGCAGAAUGGGCCGUCAAAAUAGGAAGCCUGGGCGUUAUCUAUGAAGCUCGAAAAGCACUGAAAAGCUCAAGCACUAGCCGACUUCUUCGCAGAAUUAACAUUCAAGGAACCCAUGGAGGACAAAACGACUCCCUGGGAGAUACACGUCGAUGGAGCACUUCCAACAAUGUUGCGGAAUAUGAGGCGCUGAUAACAGGGUUGCAAUUAUGCGAAGAACUCAAUAUCUCCGAAGUCCAGAUCUAUAGUGAUUCACAACUGGUCGUGAACCAAGUCUCAGGGAACUUCGAAGUAAAAGAAGCUACAUUGAAGAAAUACGCCAAGCAAGCCAAAACCUUCUUUGCCGAUAAUGGGCGAUCCUGGUCGUUACAGCAAAUACCCAGAGCAAUGAAUGGAAGAUCAGACGAAUUGGCAAAGUGGGCAGCAACAAAGAAUUACGACUCAAUGAGAAACAUCCCUCAUGAAAUCAAACGACAGCCUAGCUUUCAAGAAGAAAUUGAAGAAGGCGAAGUACUGAUGGUAGAAGGGGAAGAAACCUGGAUGACCCCCCUCACAGCAUACCUGGCUAAUGGAAUACUCCCCGAGGAUAAAAUGGAAGCCAAAAGAAUAGUGAUACUAUCAUCAAAGUUCGGAAUAUACAACGGCCAGCUGUACAAACGGUCAUUCACCCAUCCCUGGCUAAGAUGUGUGAACAAAGAAGAAGGAGAGUACAUCAUGAAAGAAUUACAUGAGGGGACCUGCGGAGCACAUGACGGAGCAUCAACACUGGUCAGGAAAGCACUGCUACAAGGCUAUUAUUGGCCCACGAUGAAAGAACAAGCUACAACGCUAGUAAGGGGAUGCUGGCCUUGCCAGCAACAUGCCUUGGUACCAAGAAAGCAAGCUUCAGAAAUGAAACCCAUCGGCAGUGCAUGGCCGUUCGCCCAGUGGGGUAUGGACAUCUUGGGACCUCUCCCUUUGGCCACAGGACAACGGAAGUUCCUGGUAGUGGCAAUCGACCACUUCACCAAGUGGAUAGAGUUCGACUCAGCAAAGUUUAGAAAGUUUUGUGCCGAGUAUCAGAUCGACCUAAGGUUCACUUCGGUUUACCAUCCACAAUCAAAUGGGCAAACCGAAGUGGCCAACAGAAUCCUACUGGCCGGACUAAAAAGAAGACUAGACGAGUGCAAAGGAAGAUGGGUAGAAGAACUCUACAGCGUCCUAUGGAACUACCGUACCACCCCUAGAGAAUCAACGGGCGAAACUCCAUUCGCCCUAGCCUAUGGAACGGAGGCUGUAAUUCCUGUAGAGAUCGGCGCACCCACGCCAAGGACAGAAGACAACCAACUGAACUUAGAAGAAAAUGAAGCAGAGCUCAGGAACAAUCUGGACCUCUUGGACGAAAAGAUCAACAGAUCAGACAUUAGGAUGGGAGCCUACAGACAGAAAAUGGCAAGACAUUUCAACAGCCAUGUGAAAAAAAGGAAGUUCAAAUUAGGCGACCUCGUCAUGAGAAAGACCGAAGUUAAAAAAGGAGAAGCAGGGACCGGAAAGCUGCAACCAAAUUGGGAAGGACCCUACACCAUCAGCAAGGUCAUUAAAGAAGGAACAUUCAAACUCACCAACUCCAUGGGAAUAACCAUACCCAGAGCAUGGAACGCCAACAACUUAAGGAAAAUUUAG